CCAGGCCUUAUUUUAGUCAUGAGUUUCCACUCGCUCCCUCCUCUGACUGUAUCGGGGCUGCUCACGCCGAGGGAUUGGAGUUUCAGCUGUUUUCCCUGCUCCCGGCUGAGUUAGAAGGUCACAGAGCCCGGACUUUUCCGGGGGAGGUGGGUGGGGCCCUCCGGCAGCCUAAGUGAGAUGGCAAAGAUCUGGGCCGCUGGAGGAGGUCUUUCCGCCCCGAGCUCGGGGCUUUAGGUUGGCUUCUCCACACUUCUCUACCCAGGCAUCUUGGUUAGCAUCAAAUUAAAAACAAAACACAAAGCAGCACAAGUUGUUUGUUUUUUUUCCCCUCUGUCAGCCAGUGGCCUCGAUACAAUUUUCCCAGGACUGCCUUUGCUUCAUUGCUCAAUUUAUCCUCUUCCUAGAGGAUAAAUUCAAGGGCAAGGUCCAUGUAGGAUUCACACAUAAGCACAGCGCCUAGCACAGAGUAAGGGGCUCAUUAAACAUGUGUCGACUGCAUGAAUCCUAAGAUUUCACCGUAACCAGUGUUUUUUUUUCUUGUCUCUCUCAUCCCUCCUGCCCCGGGUGCUGACCGCAAACAGCGCCGCCGAAGUUCCUAACAGACAGGGAGAAGGCGGAUCCCGGCUGGCGCACCACGUCCCCGGGGUCUCAGUCCCCGGGUCCACGCAGAGGGGCUCGCGGUCCGCCGUGCUGCGGCCUGAGCCCCGGCCACGUGAAGCGUCACGCCCUGCGCUGCUGCAGGGCAGGCGCCGCCGCCGCGGUUGUGUAACGCUGCAGCCGGAGGGGAGGCGACCCGGGCGCCUCUGCUCUGGAGGGGGCAGAGGAGGGAGGGAACGCCGGGCACCGCGCCCGGUAUCUUUCUGUGCUUGACUGGCCUGGAGGAAGGGGGUGACAUUGGGGCACCCAGGGGGCUGCGCAACCGGGUGCCCGCCUGCCCGCAGGCUGUGCCUGGGAGCGGAGCUACAGGGGAGCGAGGGGUCCUCGGCUCACACCCUUGGCGGUCAGGUGCGCGCGGCGUGCUCGGCGGCAGCCUCAGCUGCCCCUUCGCUUGGCUGCCGGCCCGCUUCCCAUGGGGUGACAUCCGCCCCGCCCCUCAGUCCCUCCCCAAGGCGGGCAAUUCCUGGACACAAGGGUGAGCGGUGGGGGCAGGGAAGCCAGGACGGAAAGAAACCCCAGCCUCUGGGUAAGGCUGGGGGGCCGGGCGACUCCCUCCGCUGCGCGCCGCUUCCUCCAAGCGGGCCGGGCGGGGGAGGAGGAAGAGGGCUGGGCUGGAGCUAGCAAGGGGAUAUUCCUCUCCCGGCUUGAGUCAGACGCGGGCGGAUCCGUCCUCCCCCGUUCCCUCCCAGGAGACGGGAACUUACUUCAUUUCCCUGGGGCAGGUUCGCCCACGUUACCAACUCUCCCCCUCCCCCAAUUCCCCGGUGCCUUCCAGCUUCCGCGCCCCCCACCCAGCUGGGCAGGACCCAGGUCGCGCUGCCACCUCCUCUUCGGGGAAAGACGGCCGCAGCCGCAGACACCUGGGGGCUGGGGCUGGGGGUGGGGGCUCCCUAGCAGCCGCCGGAGCGUUGUCCAACACGUGAGACUCAUGUGAUGAAGCCGGGGGAGGGCGGGCAGGUCGCUCCUUCCCUCCCCGGCAGUGGCCAGACGUGCCUGGAGUCACAGGGUAGAACACGUAGCUCCAACCCACCCACUCGCUCCCAUUUAACCCAGCCCGCAGCCUCUCCAUUACUCCUCGGCUUGUCCCCCCCAACCCCCCUACUCCGCCCUAACCUCCCCCCCCCCGGUCCCUCCCGCCUCCCCGCCCGCUCCACUUCUCAUUCACUGGGCUCGCACGGCGCAGACCGCGCAGGGAGCACACACCGCCAGUCUGUGCGCUGAGUUGGAGCCAGAGGCCGCGGGGACACCGGGCUAUGCACGCCCCCAACUGAAGCUCCAUCUCAAAGCCGAAGAUUCCAGCAGCCCAGGGGAUUUCAAAGAUCUCAGACUCAAAGGAACAUCUGCGGAGACACCCCCGAAGCCCGCUCCAGGACAGUCCUCAUCUGAGACGCUCCACUAGUGCAGACAAGAGCGCGCAGUGGCCCCGGCUCGUCGCGCAAUGGAGCGGAUCCCCAGCGCGCAACCACCCCCAGCCUGCCUGCCCAAAGCACCGGGACUGGAGCACGGAGACCUACCAGGGAUGGAUUUUGCUCACAUGUACCAAGUGUAUAAGUCAAGGCGGGGAAUAAAGCGGAGCGAGGACAGCAAGGAGACCUACAAAUUGCCGCACCGGCUCAUCGAGAAAAAGAGACGUGACCGGAUUAACGAGUGCAUCGCCCAGCUGAAGGAUCUCCUACCCGAACAUCUCAAACUUACAACUUUGGGUCACCUGGAAAAAGCAGUGGUUCUUGAACUUACCUUGAAGCAUGUGAAAGCACUAACAAACCUAAUUGAUCAGCAGCAGCAGAAAAUCAUUGCCCUGCAGAGCGGCUUACAAGCUGGUGAGCUGUCAGGGAGAAAUGUCGAAACAGGUCAAGAGAUGUUCUGCUCAGGCUUCCAGACAUGUGCCCGGGAGGUGCUUCAGUAUCUGGCCAAGCAUGAGAACACUCGGGACCUGAAGUCUUCUCAGCUUGUUACCCACCUCCACCGCGUGGUCUCAGAGCUGCUUCAGGGUGGUACCUCCAGGAAGCCAUCAGACCCAGCUCCCAAAGUGAUGGACUUCAAGGAGAAACCCAGCUCUCUGGCCAAAGGCUCGGAAGGUCCUGGGAAAAACUGUGUCCCAGUCAUCCAGCGGACUUUUGCUCACUCAAGUGGGGAGCAGAGCGGCAGUGACACGGACACAGACAGUGGCUAUGGAGGAGAAUCUGAGAAGGGCGACUUGCGCAGUGAGCAGCCGUGCUUCAAAAGCGACCACGGACGCAGGUUCACCAUGGGAGAAAGAGUCAGCGCAAUUAAGCAAGAAUCCGAAGAACCACCCACAAAAAAGAACCGGAUGCAGCUUUCAGAUGAUGAAGGCCAUUUCACUAGCAGUGACCUGAUCAGCUCCCCGUUCCUGGGCCCACACCCACACCAGCCUCCUUUCUGCCUGCCCUUCUACUUGAUCCCACCUUCAGCGACUGCCUACCUGCCCAUGCUGGAGAAGUGCUGGUAUCCCACCUCGGUGCCAGUGCUAUACCCAGGCCUCAACGCCUCUGCCGCAGCCCUCUCUAGCUUCAUGAACCCAGACAAGAUCUCGGCUCCCUUGCUCAUGCCCCAGAGACUCCCUUCUCCCUUGCCAGCUCAUCCGUCCGUCGACUCUUCUGUCUUGCUCCAAGCUCUGAAGCAGAUCCCCCCUUUAAACUUAGAAACCAAAGACUGAACUCUCUAGGGGAUCCAGCUGCUUUGCUUUCCUUCCUCACUACUUCCUAAAAAACAAAAAAGUUUUUGUGAAUGCUGCAAGAUUGUUCCAUUGUGUAUACUGAGAUCAUCUGAGGCAUGGAGAGAAGAUUCAGGGUGUGUGUGUGUGUGUGUGUGUGUGCGCACGCGCGUGUGUGUGUCUCCACACGCGUGCGAGUGUGCACGUGUGCCAGCGUGUUGGUAUAGGACAAUAAAGCUCCUUUUGGCAUAGGAAAGUCACGAAGGAUUGCUUGACAUCAGGAGACUUUCGAGGGGAGGAUUGUAGCAGACUUUUGGGCUUUUCUCCACCCAGAGAAUAGCCCCCUUUGAUACACAUCAGCUGGGUUUUCAAAAGCUUCAAAGUCUUAGUCUCUGAGUCACUCUUCAGUUUGGGAGCUGGGUCUGUGGCUUUGAGCAAAAGGUACUUUCAAAAGAGGGCUUUCCAGAGCACAGCUUCCAACCAGCUGUUAGGACCCCACCCUUAUCCCUUUAUUGUCGACGUGACUCACCAGACGACCGGGAGAGAGCAGUCAGACCGAGCUUUCUGCUAACACGGUGAGGUAGCAGGCACUGGCGUAGCACGGCAGUGGUUUGGGGAGGUUUCCGCAGGUCUGCUCCCCACCCAUGCCUCCGACGAAACGGAGAAUGUAGUUCCCUACUCAGGCUUUCGUAGUGAUUAGCUUACUAAGGAACUGAAAAUGGCCCCCUUGUACAAGCUGAGCUGCCCGGGAGGGAGGAGUUCCCUGGGCUUCUGGCACCUGUUUCUAGGUCUAACCAUUAGUACUUGCUGUUCAGGGAACCAAACCAAGGUCUGAGAGAUGUAGACACACCAAGCAAGCACCCCAAAGUGCACAAAGCUGAGUAACACACUGCUCCCUUCAAGCAGAACUAGACUUGGUUUUCAGUUCUGUCCUAAAACUCCUUUUAACCAAGCUUAGCUUCUCAAAGGCCUAACCGAGCCUUGGCACCACCGGAUCGUUUCUGUAGGCUAAUUCCUCUUGCCCAACGGCAUAUGGAGUGUCCUUGUUGCUAAAAAGGAUCUGUCUCCUUCAAAGAAGUUUUAUUUUUGGUCCAGAGUAUUUGUGUUCCCGACGUGUCCAGCUAGCCCGGCAGCAGCUUUUCAAAAUGCACUAUAUGCCUGAUCGCUGAUCGUGUUUUUUUCUUUUCCUGUUUUUAUUUCGGUAUAAAGUCAUUGCCUUUAUUUGUAAAGCUGUUAUAAAUAUAUAUUAUAUAAAUAUAUUAAAAAGGAAAAUGUUUCAGAUGUUUAUUUGUAUAAUUUACUUGAUCCACACAGUGAGAAAAAAAUGAAUGUAUUUCUGUUUUUGAAGAGAAGAAUAACUUUUUCUCUAGGGAGAGGUACAGUGUUUAUAUUUUGGAGCCUUCCUGAAAGUGUAAAAUUGUAAAUAUUUUUAUCUAUGAGUAAAUGUUAAGUAGUUGUUUUAAGAUACUUAAUAAAAUAAUUCUUUUCCUGUGGAAGAGAAA